CUUGAGUGCACAGGCCCUGAAGUUCUGAGUUACCUUCUGCAGUAGUCAAAAUGAGAAAAAAGUGGAAGAUGGGGGCCAUGAAAUACAUCUUUUCUUGGUUGCUGUUCUUUCUUUUCCUAGAAGGAAGCAGAGCAGAACAAGUAAAGCAUUCAGAGACAUACUGUAUGUUUCAAGACAAGAAGUACAGAGUGGGUGAUAUAUGGCAUCCUUACCUGGAACCUUAUGGGUUGGUUUACUGUGUGAACUGCAUCUGCUCAGAGAACGGGAAUGUGCUUUGCAGCCGAAUCAGAUGUCCAAGCCUUCAUUGCCUCUCUCCUGUGCAUGUUCCUCAUCUGUGCUGCCCUCGCUGCACAGACUCCUUACCUUCAGUGAACAAUAAAGUGACCAGCAAGUCAUGUGAGUACAACGGGACCACUUACCAACAUGGUGAGCUGUUUGUGGCUGAAGGGCUCUUUCAGAACCGGCAACCCAAUCAGUGUACCCAGUGCAGCUGUUCGGAGGGAAAUGUGUAUUGUGGUCUCAAGACUUGCCCUAAAUUAACCUGUGCCUUCCCAGUCUCUGUUCCGGAUUCCUGCUGCAGGGUGUGCAGAGGGGAUGGAGAAUUGUCAUGGGAACAUUCUGAUGGUGAUAUCUUCCGGCAGCCUGCCAACAGAGAAGCAAGACACUCUUAUCGCCACUCUCACUAUGAUCCUCCAGCAAGCAGACAGGCAGGAAGUCUGCCCCGAUUUCCUGGGGCCAGAAGUCACAGGGGAGCACUUAUGGAUUCCCAGCAAGCAUCAGGGACCAUCGUGCAGAUUGUCAUCAAUAACAAACACAAGCAUGGACAAGUGUGUGUUUCCAAUGGAAAGACGUAUUCCCAUGGAGAAUCCUGGCAUCCAAACCUUCGGGCAUUUGGCGUUGUUGAGUGUGUGCUGUGUACUUGUAAUGUCACCAAGCAGGAGUGUAAGAAAAUCCACUGUCCCAAUCGAUACCCCUGCAAAUAUCCUCAAAAAAUAGAUGGAAAAUGCUGCAAGGUGUGUCCAGGUAAAAAGUCAAAAGAACUUCCAGGCCAAAGCCUUGACAGCAAAGGCUACUUUUGUGGAGAAGAAACAAUGCCUGUGUAUGAGUCUGUGUUCAUGGAGGAUGGAGAAACCACCAGAAAAAUAGCACUGGAGACUGAGAGACCACCUCAGGUUGAGGUCCAUGUUUGGACCAUUCGAAAAGGCAUCCUCCAACGCUUCCAUAUUGAGAAGAUCUCCAAGAGAAUGUUUGAGGAGCUCCAUCACUUCAAACUGGUGACCAGGACAACCUUGAGCCAGUGGAAGAUAUUCACAGAAGGUGAAGCUCAGAUCAGCCAGAUGUGUUCAAGUCGUGUGUGCAGAACAGAGCUUGAAGAUUUGGUCAAAGUUUUGUACCUGGAGAGGUCUGAAAAGAGCCACUGUUAGAUGAGACAGACAGUAGUGGAUGGGGGAAAGCAAGCAAGCUCAAGCUGCAGCUGGACUGCAGGCUUAUUUUGCUUAAGUCAACAGUGCCCUAAAAUCCCAAACUCAAAUGCAGUCAAUUAUUCACACCAUGCACAUCAUAACUUGCUCCUUUAUGUGGAGUGGUGUGUCAACCCUUAAACAUCUCCUCCAAAAAGAGUAGAAGAGUCUUGAAUUCUUUGUGGGAGGUAGAGGGCUAGAACACCACAGCACCCGUCUAGUUUCUUGGAGAAUCACAUUUCUUUACAGGUUAAAGAGCAAACAGAACCCCAGGGUUUCAAUCUAGAAAGUUAUUCAAAUGAAAAAUAGAGAAAGGAAUUGCUUAGUAGGAGCUCUGAAUUACAGAGCAAUUAUUUGUAUGAAAUUAUUCUUUGUCAAUGUUAGAAUGUCUUAUGUUUUUUUUAAAAAAUUAACCACCCAUCCU